AUGAGUCUCCACUUCCUCUGGACUAGAUGGGAUGAGGACAGGCAAGCUGGACUAGCUGACUUUUUGUGUGAGAACUACUGCCAAGCUCUGCAUAUCUUCCCAACCAUGCAGCUGCUGGUCAUCAAGUUCCAGCAACAGCAAAAUCUGACUGAUGAAGACUUCUCUCGAUACAUCUGUGAGGAAGAGGAAUACUUCUCCUGCCUUGUCACAGAACCAGAAGAGGAUGUACUCACCUUCAACUACCUUGAGAUGUUGCAAAGUCUAGCAGCAGCUAAAUCAAGGCUUGCUGAGCUUGGAUUUGAUGGGUUCAUCAACACUACACCAGAAACCUGGUACUCAGGUUCUAACAACAUGUGUCAAUGGGCACUUCAAUGA